AUGGCGGUGGGGGGAUGGGUGGCAGCGUGGCCGCGAGAAGGGCAUGCUUGUGCAGCGGUGGCCGGCCUUGUCGUUGCCCUGCUGCUGCUGUUUGUCCCGCAAGUCGUCGUGCCCAAACCAGUUGUCUGUGAGACCAAUGUGAAGGUGUUAACUUUGAAUGUGACGGACACUCCAAUUGACCGGAUCUUUGUAGAUUCGCUUGAAGCUGGACUAGAGGCGGCACUCUGGUGGCGCAAUUUCACUGUUGCUGACGGUGUUCAUGUAGAGAUUGUCAGGAAGGUCACCACAAUGCUAACAAGUGGAACGGUGAUAGAAAAGGCGUUGAAAGCCGAUAGUAAUAUUCUUCUUGUGGCAGGCGUCAUCGGUGAUAUGACCGCUGCGAUCUCUCUGCCCGUACUUGUGCGACAUGGCCUUGUCUCGUUUGCCCCGUUCACUGGGUCGAGUUUGGUGCGUGGGUGGAACCCCAACAUGUACUUUGUGCGUGCCGAACCUGCGGCUGAGCUCCUGGCACUCCUCCGCUACGCCCUGGCUCACCUGCGGGUGCAUCGGCUGGGCUUCAUGUACCUGAAGGGAGUUUUCUUUGGUGAAAGGGAGUAUGCGCAGGCACAACGUGUGAUGUCGGGGAUGGGCUACAAUCUGAGCGGUGUCUUUGGUUUGAAAAGCUCUAUGAGUCAUGGUGCGAAGAAGGAGGUGUUCGACGCUGCGUGGGAAGUGUUUGCGAAUACUCGGCCGCAGGCUGUGAUUGUGUUUGGCUCACCGAUAAAAGACACCAAAAAAUUUGUCGAAAGGAUGCUAACAGACAAGCGCACCGCUGGAACGUACCUGCUUGCUCCCUCGGCGCUGCAGGAUCUUGUUUUGGGUGUGUGGCGUGCUGCUGUGACUAGUGGUGUUGAGUUUGAGCCUGGGCAGGUGCUGACGACGGGAACGAACCCGCUGGCGAAGGUCACAAAAUACAAGGCCAUCCAGCGCUUCCAGGAGGUGAUGCGGGCAUACCUGGCGCAUAGGAACGAUACGCAAUCAGGUGUGGGCAAGGACUUCCCCGACGAUGACAACGAGGGCGAGAUGAUGGUUGCUGGGUGGAUUGCUGGCGAGUUACUUUCACAGGCGCUGGGCAAUCGUGAAUGGGUGAAGGACCGCACGUCGUUCUUGGCGUCUCUGUACAACCAACGCCGGUAUGUGGUCGACGACAUUGUGAUUGGCGACUACGGUGGCGAGUGCGAUUAUACUGCUGCAUUGAAGGGCGCCUCCUUCCACUGCAACGACGGUGGACGGACUGUGUACAUAAAGAGGUUUGUGGAGGGGUUCCGUGCUGAGGAUGUGGCUGCCGGCGCAUUUACGCUGAGAUUGUGGGAAUGUGGCGCCGCAGAUACAAUGUUGCAUGCACCCUUGAAUGGAUUGGCUGUCACGAUGCAGGAUAGCGUGGACGCGGCACUGGCUAUGAGUAGCAUUUUGGCUGGUGUGGACGCCGCAAAGAAACCCCAGGGGCAAUAUGAUGGCAAUACGGUGACGUUCCUCACACUCAAUACGUCAACUGCUGGGGCAAGCGAUACUCUGCUGACCGAGAUGAAGGCAAGACGGGUCCAAUUUGUGAGCGGCGUGGUGACGGAUGCGAUGCUGGAAGUGGAA